UCUACAUGAUGCAUGCAUCCAUCUCUCAUGCACCUCUGGCUUAACCAGCACUGACAGAACAGAAAAUGGGAAACUUUCCAAGAAAGGACCUAGUGCUGGUUGGGAAAGAGCAAGGUGCAACACUUUCUAUCAUAGCACUUCAAGCAGAAAAAAAGUGUAAUGCCAGAAAGCCACAAGGAGACAUCUACUGUUCAUCUGUUCCCUCUGAGCAGCCAGAGGGCAAUUGUGAACAAAGCCAAACUAUUUGUGCUCUAUAAUUUAAGAUUGGCUGACCUGACUACAGAAUCAAAGGCUUGGCACUUUUGAUCACUUUCAGGAACGCUUCCCUGAACCAUAGAGAUCUUCUUUUUUGGUCUUUACAUAUUCCAAGUACUAGAAACAUAUAUUCCAUAUAAGCUAAAUAAAAAAGCAUAUAUAUAUUUGAAACUACAGGUGGAAAAGUUGUCUACUUUUAUAUAAAUCUGGCAAGAAAAGAGUUAAUGUCUGAUGACUCCUUUGUACUAGUAAGCUUUUGGAUUGUGCCACUAUUCCUGCCAGCUCAGGUGGAACUCUUCAGGUGCUGUUUCUGUUUAUAACAAGAAAUAUCAUUCUUCUCCUUUGUGCCAGGUACACUUGUAUCUCUUUUACUGAAAGACCUGCAAAUGCAUCUGUAUUCUUACAGAAAACAGGUAAAUGACAGUUUGUUUUCCAGGAAGAAAUUUGAGAAGAAUGGUGAAAAGAAUUACAAAUAGCAUGAUAUCUGGCUUGAUACCGGAGUCUCCUUACUAACAGCAAAAGUCUCUUGAUCCCUCCUUUCAGAGCACAUGGAACAGUCGGUUACUAGUUUGCAGAAUUGGUAGCGUCCUUAUGACUCAAGAUAAUGUCUCUUAAAAAGCUGGUCCAAACUUCAGCACAUCCAUGAAAGAGAAAGCACACUCACUAAGCCAAUUACACAGAAGAGAUGGUUCUGCUGGUGGCAAUAUCAGAGGUGCUGUUGCUUCUGGGAUUGGCAGUGGAGUCAGAUUCUCUCUGCACACCCACCAUGUUUUACAAGAACUGCUGGAUCCGACGCUUUCCUGGUCUUCUGAUCGACCUGCAGGAAUCGCAGAAGAGAGGAGCCCAGGUGCUGAAGAUUUACACAGAAGUCUCCUCCCAGCAGUGCAGCAGAACCUGCUGCCUUCAGAGGAAUGUUUCCUGUAAUCUAGCAGUGUUCUACCAUGGAGCUACUAAUGAAAAUAUGAAUUGCUUGCACGUGUCUUGCCCAGCACUGGAAAGUUGCAUACUAAAGGCUAGAAUCAACGUUGUUUUGUACAACAUCACGACAGGGAUUGAUCCAGACCUUCUUAUUUUUGAAAGACUGAAAUUCAAGGGGCCAAGUACUUACACCUCGCAGAAUAAAUACGAAAGGCGAAACAGCACAAAGACCUCUGAGUGGGAAAGAUGCCAGCAUGGUAAUGUUACGUCAAGUUCACUUCUACUCCAAGCUCCAUCUUCUACCAUCACCUCCAGCACAAGCCUCAUGGCUGUAAAAACAAAAGGCAGCACAUAUUCCAGGGAAUCAACUUCUCUGCUGGAUAACCAUUUGGCUAAGAGGACAAGCACGACUUCAGGAAGUACUAGACUAUUCACUAGCUCAGACAGAAGGACUAUACACUCAACUUUGAUACCUAAAUCUGCAGAGGUAUUAUCCCGCAUGCCUACUCCUCCUCAUCUGAACAGCAGCAAACAACACUCAAAUGAAACCAAAGGUUACAGUGGCAGGAAUUAUACUUCAGACAAUGAAGCUCCUGUUUGGGAAGCUGCAGCUCUGGGUGUCUGGCUGAUUCCUGUUAUUCUCUGCUCUUAUCUCAUCUUCCUUUGCUUUUGUACUGUGGCUCCUGGAGCAGGGUGCUGCAGAAGUAGGAAAGGUCACUACCAACCCAUACAGAGAGGAAGAACAAUGUCUAGGCAAAUAAAAUACACUACUGUCCAAGGUGGCCUGUAAAAUACAGUCACCACCCUUGUUGUGGAACAAACAGCUUUUUUAAAAUGAAUUGUAUUUCCUGGCCUGAUUCUUUUACAGAACAAAGAGUAAGUUUCAGAAUCAUUCAGCUAUAAUUUCACUCUCAACAAUUAAACAUAUUUCCACUGUCUCUUUGGGUAAGAAUUGCACACUCACAGGUCUCAUUACAUGUUCAAAUCUGUUUGAGCAUAUUUUGGUACAAAAUCUGACUCAGAAUAACGCCUAACAAAAACAAUACGCUUACCCUAAUUUAAGAGAGAAGAUUCACUGCAGCUUACGUGACCUCUGCCCUGAUUUGACCAGCCUUAGUAAAACUGAUUUAAAUGUUAUAAUAUCAUAAAAGAUUUAAUGAUAGCAUUUAUUUAAUUGCCCCAGAUGUAGUUGUUUUCAUAAAAACUGUAUUCACUUUUUCCUGUUAAAUUCUAGAUUGUUUUUUACGAUAUACUCCUAAUACUGGAAUAAAACAAUUUAACACGCACUGUUUACUUCCUCAAAGAAAAAUGCCCAUUAAUAACGUAAGGCUCCAAAACUACUGACUUCCAUUAACUCAAACAUCUGAUCAUUCAAUUAUUUAUGCUUUGCUUUCACUUCAGUCUUCUGACAAUAACUUGAAAUGUUUCUGAAGCCCUCCUAGACUAGUACCACUACCUCCUACCACCAUUAGACUUCUUUUUAAAACUUAAUUGCUGUGUGAUGCACUGACAGAUCCACUCUACUACUACUAAGGAAAGCACAAAUGCAACCACCAACUGUUCAUGAAUUGCAGUUAUGGUCAAUUUGUACUGUCCACCUUCACUUGCUUUAUUAUGCCCACACAUAUUUAUCAUUUACAUCAUUUGCUUUUUUUAAUACGGACAUUUAAUGUACAUUGCACAGAGAUAUACAAAAGAUUUUUAAAGCUUUAGAAGUUAGAAUUAUAAUUACAAACAAACUUUUUGUUUCUUCAUCCUGUGUACUCUCUUCAUAAAACUGCUACUCCUGAACAUAAAUCAAAUGACUACAUCAACAAGAUGUUUCCUUGACUUACCUUGCUCAGG